GGAAUACCAACUAUAAAGGGAUCCUGAGUUAGGGCUAAAUCUUCUUUACUUCUGUCAAUCUUUCGAAUUCUCUACUAUUAAAGGAAUUACGAGUAGACAGAAUGCCUGCUCCCAUUGUCAUUGUUGGUGCUGGUAUUAUUGGCAUUUCCACGGCUUACAAGAUUGCCGAAAUCAACCCGUAUGCGAGGAUCGUUAUCGUUUCAAAAGACUUUCCUGACACUGGGCUGUUGAGCCCUUAUUACACCUCUUCGAAGGCAGGGGCACACUUCAGACCAUUUCCGUCAAAGUCUGAAACAGAAUUCAGAGACUCAAAGUACACCCAUGCCACCUACCAAAAAUUCAAACAACUUGCAAUCGAACACCCAGAGUCAUCAAUAAAGCUCAUGACCGGGGUUGAUUAUCUAGAGUUUGAGAAUCCACUGUACUCAUCUCUUGGCAAAGGGUAUACAGAAGUUGUGGAGGAUUUUCAGAUCAUUCCAAAAAGCGAGUUACCUCAGAACGUUAAGUUUGGGGCAAAAUACAAGAGCUUUUGCGUUAACCCUCAUGCGUACAUGACUUUCAUGCUGGACUCUUUGAAAUUACGGCAAAAAAUAACACUUGUCAGGAAAGAAGUGUAUUCUCUUCGCCAAGUUUCAGUCUUGUAUCCAGAUUCAACAAUUGUGAACUGCACAGGUAAUGGCCUGCUAUACGACGGUUCCCAUGAUUCUGCGUGCUAUUCAAUCCGUGGACAAACUUUACUUGUGCGCCCACCACUGGAUUAUUUGGAUGAGUUCGAGAGUAAAACUAUAACUGUUCAGAUGGCUAAUGGAGAGUGGUGCUUUUUUAUUCCACGUCCUUUAAAUGGAGGUAUCAUACUUGGUGGAACUAAGAACCAAUAUUGUUACCAAGAUACUCCUGUAGCAGAAGAGACUGAACAUUUGAUCCAAAACGCAAAAUCUAGAUUCCCUCAUUUGUUUGACAGAAAAACCGGAGAACUUGACAUUUUGCGUAUAAACGUCGGCUUCAGACCUGCCCGUAAUGGUGGUGUUAGGUUGGAAAAGGAAGAUUUAGAUACCGGUACGGGAAAAGUCUCGAUUGUCCACUGUUACGGUUUUGGUGGAAGUGGUGUCGAAAUGUCAUGGGGCGCAGCUGAGAAGACAGCAGAACUCGCCCUGUCUUCCUCAAGAGAAGCUAAGUUGUGAACAUUUAAAUACUUUUUCAUGUUGACAAUAUCUAUUUAUUUUAGACCUAAUCCUUUGAAGAUAUGUACUUUUUAAAAUUUCCUCUGAUGUAGUAGCAGGGACUAACACAGUUUUAACCUUGCAAUGCUUUUAAUCUUGAAAUCAGUGAUAAGGACAUUACCGCACUGAU